GACAAGACAAGAAGGCAAGGGAAGUAAGUCAAAGUGGGGAACUUCAUGUAUGCAUGUUGUCUGUUCAGUUCUAUUCAGCAAGCCAUGAAUGAAAACAAACAAAUCAACUACUAGCUAUCUAAUUGUCUCUCUUUGCCCCGUUUUGCCCCUCUAUUAUGUACUAUUCCCCACUGCAUCAACAAUCAAAAACAAAAACAAAACAAAAUAUGAUGAUGAAAAGACAAAUACAAAAAAACAAACCUGUUUUUGUUUUUGUUUUUUCCAGACCUUUGUAUAUCUGAGACAUGAUGAAGUGGAUUCAAUUGUGUGGUGGUGAACUAACUUACAUUAGUUGGUUAGUUGGUUGGAUUACUCCG